AUGGCUGAAGAAGAAAUAGAAUUGCUUGAAAGAGUCGAACUUCGACUUGCACUUGCCGAGACUGAUGUCCAACUAGAGAAACUUCUAAAUUCUUUUUUGAGUCCAAUCCUUCUGAAAUUGGCAAGCCCUCAUGAAGUUGUACGGACCAAGGUUAUGGGUGUAUUAACUCAUAUAAAUAAACGGACUCGGUCGAAAACUGAUAUCAAACUUCCUCUGGAUCCGCUUAUUGAUCUUGUUUGUACUGAUAAGGUCACUCAAUCAGCAUUUGUUAAGAAUUUUGCUAUAAUAUAUCUCGAAAUGGCAUAUGCCCGUUUAACAGAAGAGGAUCAAGUCGUUCAUUUGCCAAAUUUGAUUAAUAAUAUCGCAUCAAAACCUCAAUCACUAAGACAAUCUCUGUUUCAUAUUAUCCUUACGGUCUUGCAAAAAUUCAAGCCAAAACCUGCAGGUUCUCCAUCAUCGUUAGAUCCCUAUAAUUUCGCAGAAAACCUGAAUGAUGCUAAGUUUUUAUUGGCAUCAUUUUUGGAUGUUAUUUUAUAUAAUGUACCACAACAACCAAGGUCACAACUUCAACCGACUAGGGGUGACUCAAGCUCAAGCUCUGGGCAGCAAGAAGGAUCUCAAAAUUUGGCUCAACUUCCACCGCCGGGUAUGAGCAUAAAAACUGUGAAGUUUGUCACUAAUGAUGGAAAAAUACAAUGGGCUGAGAGAAUUCCAGAUCUUAAACUUAUUAAGUUGGGAAUCCUUCGGUUUAUUAAUUCUUCAACAAUACUGCCAGAUUCAUUGCCCGAAGAAAUUCAUUUUGCUAAAUUUUUGGUGCUUUUGGCAGCUAGUUGUGAUUCUUUUAAUGAUGUUAUUGAUGGGGGUGAAGAUGGUAUUAAGAAAAUAAAAAAACCUGAUAUGGAAAAUGCAGAAGUAGUCAAAAGGCUAUAUUUAUUAUAUCAAGGCACUGUUAAUCAGGGGGCUGCAGGAUCAAAUCUACAAGAGAUAGCGCAACAACCAGCAUCACCUGCUCUUAAGCUCAAGAUAAUGGGUUAUAUUUGCAGAUCUAAGUUGGCAACAAAUACGUUCCCGGCUAUGUUGCAAGUUGCAUUUGAUUGUUUGUAUGGCCCUACAACCAAUUCAAAAUUGCAAAAUCAAGGAAUGUUAUUUGUUCAAUGGAUUGCUAGAAUGGCUGAGACUGCACUAUUGAAGCAAAUUGCACAAGUGCUCUUGUCUGGUCUCUUAAAGCUCAUUAAUGAAGACAUUGAGAAUGUAAAGGGAGAUAAAGUGACUUUGAUAGGAUUUUCAUAUAUAUCUAUUAGUUUGUUGGCUCAACGAGUGCCGGAUAUCUUUCGCAAAGAUUUUUCUAUACUUAAUAUGCUUUUCUCAGCUUUGUCCACAAAUAACAAUAAUAUUCGUGUAUCAGUACAAGAAGCAUUGUCAAAUAUGGUUGAAGCAUAUCAAAAUAUUUAUCAGUGGGCAGAUGGAACCACGAUCAGUAUGAUUGAAAACAUUUUAGAAGAAAAUAUUAGCAAGCCGUUAAAUCAGGCUAGAUAUUGUGCAGUAAAAUAUGCUGUUUCCCUUUUUCCAUUCUCACACAUCCAUUCUCGAUACAUCUGUCUUCUUGCCUCAGCCGAUGAAAAAUUAGAGAUUAGAGAAAUGGCUUUACGUGGUCUAUCACUUCCAGAUCCAAGAGCUCCCAAAUUAUAUCCAAAUGAACCAGAUAAAGAAAUUAAAAUUCCUUCUUUCUCCGAAAUGGUUAAUUUAAUUUAUACAAAAUCGACCCAGCAUAAUCAAAACUUACUUAAUACUUUACAAACCAGUCAAUCUACUGGUCGAAUAUAUGUUAUGGGUUUUCGUUCCGAAGUUUAUAUUAAUAUAUUACGAUUUCUGAGGCAUUUAAUGAUUAUAAAUGCAGACCCUUCUGCCUUAAUUGAUGAUUUGUCUGAUGAAUUAGAUGGUGAAAUUAAAUUGUUUGAUUCCAACACUCGAUUGUUAUUAAAAACUUGGAUAAAGGAUCAAUGGUCGACUGAUCAAGAUUCAACAGAAGCAAUGGAUGUUGAUGAUCCACAAGGCGCAUUACACAUUUACCUUCGUUUAAUCGAAAAAGGCUUGACGUCUGAAGGCAUAAUAGGCAUGCAACCUUAUUUUUACGCCUUUUUUAUGGCAUCUUCAUGUCUUUUAGAACUUAUAUCAUUGGGACCAUCAUCUUUGUCUCGGUCUUUUGAGAGUAAAAUAGAUUGGUUUAAGUCUUUUCUUAGCGUAAUAAAAUUAGGAGUACGUAAUUCUAUUGCCCAUUUAUUAGGAAUAAUAAGCACAAGUGAAUUGGAAAGUGAUCCAGCAAGAAGUUUAUCUAUUCAAGAAUUGAUUAAAGAGCUUAUCACCAUCAGCAAGGAUCAGUCAAAACAGGUCAAAGCUGAAUACCAUGAUGGAAGUAUUCUAGCAUUGGGGUACAUAAUCGAAAUUAUUUCAGAAAAUUUAGAUUCAACAAAAAGUUUUAGUGUGAUUAACGCAUCUAAAGCAUUGGGUGAAAUUUGUCGCUAUACAUCAUUUUUAUUUGAGAAUUAUGAUAAGGGUAAAGGAAACAGUGAUGAUCCAUCUUCAUACAACAAUAAGCUAACUAAGUUGGUAGAAAAAUUAAUUACUCUUGUGAAAACUACUAAGGAUGUCAAGACUCAAGAAACAGCUAUUAUUACACUCGGUCAUAUUGCUUUGGGAAACUCAGAAUACACCGAGAAAGUGUUAUCAUUAUUCUAUGAUUUGGCAUCUGCUCUUAACAAGCAAGUCGAUGUACAUUUCACUGUAGGAGAAGCGAUCACAUGCGUUACUACAGGAUGGGAAAGUCUAGCAUUAAAUCAAUAUUUAGAUAUCGCAGAUUCUCCUCCUCCACUGAUUCUCAUCGAACAUUCAGUUAUCAGUGGAGCUUUGAAUAAAAUGUUUUCUGAAUUAUUACCAUCUGGUAAAGGCUCUGUUAAAAAAGCUGUAUGCGUGUGGAUGUUAUGUCUGGUUAAGUUUUGUUCCAAACAUGAAGUUAUAAAGACUGCUUUGCCAAAAAUUCAUUCUGCAUUUUCUAUGCUUUUGGCCGAUCGUGAUGAAUUUACUCAAGAAGUUGCCUCCAAGGGCAUAGGACUUGUAUAUGAACUGGGUGAUCAAAAUACGAGAGAACAACUUGUCAAUUCUCUUGUUGACAUGCUUAGUGAAGGAAAGCGUCAGAAAGAAACUGUUAAUGCUGAUACCCAACUGUUUGAUUCCAAUACUCUCGGUCAGACUCCUGAUGGAUCUGCUAUCUCUACCUAUCAAUCUAUCCUAUCACUUGCAUCAGACAUGAAUCAACCAGAAUUAGUGUAUAAAUUCAUGCAAUUGGCUAGUCAUAAUGCUAUGUGGCAAUCACGGAGGGGUGCUGCAUUUGGAUUUUCGUUUAUAAUUGCACAAGCAGAGAAGGAAUUAGAACCUUAUUUGAAGGAUUUAAUACCUCGACUAUAUCGAUUUCAAUACGAUCCUAAUCCCAAAGUAAAUGAGGCAAUGAGUAGUAUUUGGAAAGCGUUAGUGAAGGAGCCUAAGAAGGCGAUCGAAGAAUAUUUUAAUGUAAUUGUUAAAGAUUUACUUAAAGCUCUUGGAGAUCGUUUGUGGAGAACAAGAGAAUCUAGUGCCAACGCAUUGGCAGAUCUUUUGCAAGGUCAAUCAAUUCAGGCACUUGAGCCAUACUUGCAAGAUCUAUGGACUAUGUGCUUUAGGGUUUUGGAUGAUAUUAAAGAAAGUGUACGUGUCGCUGCUUUUAAAACAUGUCGAUCACUUACAAAAAUUACUGUGAAAUAUUGUGAUCCUGAUAAUGUAUCCGUCAACGAUGGUCAAAAAAUAAUGAACAUUAUAAUGCCAUUCCUAUUGACGAAAGGUCUGGUGUCUGAUUCUGAAGAUGUGCGCAAAUUUUCUCUAAGAACAAUCCUUAAGAUUUGUAAAUCAGCAAGGGUUCUACUAAGGUUGCAUAUUACAGAAAUUGUUGGAACUUUGUUAGAAGGGUUGUCUAGUAUGGAGCCACAAGUUAUGAAUUAUCUUAGUUUCCAUGUUGAAAAAUACGAUGUCACUCAAGAACAGCUUGAAAACUCUCGAUUAUCUGCAGCAAAAAUGUCUCCAAUGAUGGAAGGUAUCGAGUCAUGUAUUGAUUAUAUUGACGAAAGUGUUAUGGAAAAUUUAACACCUAGACUAUUACAACUUGUCCGUAAGGGUAUCGGACUACCAACAAAGGCUGGUUGUGCACGAUUCUUGGUAUCAAUGUGUCUCAAAAAAGCAUCAGCAGUAAAACCACAAGCGGACGCCAUCAUGAAAGCUUUAAGUGGUGCUAUUACUGAUGUGUCACCUGCAGUCCGAAAAUCAUACGCUGUUGCCGUUGGUUAUGUUGCCCAUUUAUCACCGGAUAAUACUUUAAUUAGAUUCAUUGGGCAUCUGAAGAAAAUUUAUUGUGAAAAUAGCGAACAAGAAAUACGUUCAAUUUCGGGUAUAACUACUCUGGAGAUUUCUAGACAUGCGUCGGACGAGCUAAAACGAGUAUAUGUAGAAAUAUUACCGCUUGCUUACUAUGGCUUACAUGAUUCCGAUACAGGGAUUAAGAAUGUAUGGAAUGAAGUAUGGGACGAGAAUACUGCUGGUUCUACCAGUGCAAUUAAAUUGUAUCUUAAAGAAUUGAUAGAUCUUUUGUCUACAUUGUUGGAAUCACCAUCAUGGCAAACUAAACGCCAAGCUGCAUUGACAAUUGCAGAUGUUGCUAAAAUCAUAGAAAAAAGUUUAUUACCAUAUAUGGCACAAGUUAUCCCACUAUUAAUGGAUGGCUUGUCAGGAAGGACGUGGGUUGGAAAAGAAGCACUUGUUGAAGCACUUGUAACAGCUUCUAUUUCAUGUAAAGAAUAUUUUGCUGACAGUAAUACACGCGCACAAUUGGAUACUAUUUCAAAAAUUCUUGUGCGUGAGAGCAAAAAAACUAAUAAGCAGUAUAAGCGCCAUUGUAUCGAUAAUCUGGGAAGAUUCGCAGAUGCUUAUAUUGAUAGUUUGGAACUUUAUGCAGAUGUAAAGGAAUUUUUAAUUGAAUUGGCAACUAGUGAACAAGAUCCUAAUGAAAUGGACGAAGAUGACGCCAAUCAACAACCAUUAUUCUUAUUAGUUAAAGCAAGCGCAAUGAAAUGUCUUGGUUUAGUGUGGCCUAGAAAAAAGGAAAUCCAAGCACUACAUUCUAAAGAACUUGGUAUCGUGCUCGCAACUGCUUUAGAAUCGAGUAAAAAUAUCUGGAAUGUUCGUCUAGGCGUUCUUGCAUCUCUCGAUAAAUAUAUAGAUAAAUUAGAUCUUACAGAGAGUGAUAAACUAUUAAUAUUGGAUGAAGAAACCUUGCUUUCUGUUUUCAAAGGCUUAAAAAAUGGACUACAAGAUGCAAAAUACGUUGCAAUUCGUACAGCAAGUUUGGAUAGUUUGAAAAAAGUCAUUGAAAAAGUUAAAGACACACAUUUAUCUUUGCCUGCCGUCAGAAAUCAGUGUUUAGAUCUUAUUAAUAUUGCAGAAAAUGAUCCUGUUCCUGGCAUAUCAGAGUUAGCUAAAGAUAUACACAAAAUUUUAUAA